AUGAGGCAAUUUCUACCCUUUGAAGAAAUCAUGGACACAUUACUACACGAACUUUGCCACAUCGUAUUUGGCCCCCACGACGGCAACUUCCACAACCUCUGGAAUGAGCUCCGCGACGAACACCAGACCCUUCUCAUGAAAGGCUACACUGGCGAAGGCUUCCUGGGACAAGGCAAGAAACUAGGUGGCCAACGAGUCCCACUUGAUGAGAUGCGCCGCAAUGCCAGGAAGGCCGCUGAAAAGCGACACGCCGCAUCUAAACCCAGUAACGGAGGACAUCGCUUAGGCGGAUCACGCCCUGUACAACGUGGCGUCGAUAUGCGCAAGGUCAUCGCCGAUGCAGCGUCACGUAGAAUCAGCAUCACCGACGGCUGCGCGAGCGGGACUGCAAACGCAGGAACAUUGGUCGACCAACAAGCCCAAAAUGGAUUCCGAACGACUGCAGAACAAGACGACGCAAAUGACUGGGCCAUCGCGCAAGCCCUGCAAGAUCUCAUGUACCAAGAGGAAAUGCAGAGGUUAGGUGCGCCAACAGGAAACGGCGGUCUAGCCUGGGAUCCAGAGAACGGGUUGAGGGUACUAUGA